GUGAUGUAACAAGUACGGCAUCAUAAUCAUGAGCACUCUUGUGAAUAAGCUCUCUUAGGCGGGGUAUAUCGACAGAUAUCGAGCGCAAAACGGGUAUGAAUAGAGUAUCGUAGCCACCUUCAGUAAGUGCAUCUUUGUAGUUACUCGUCUCCUCCUUGAAGAGAAGUACACGCAUGUUCGAAGUUCGCAGUCAAGACGAAUGAGCAGCACAUCCGACCAAGGAUCUGAGCUGAGGUCCUUCUUCGCCGGUAUCGGCUCAGGAUUGACAAAAAUGGUCGUCGGACACCCAUUUGAUACUAUUAAGACACGCUUGCAAUGCUCACCACCUGGUGUUUUCAAAGGUCCGAUAGACUGCCUGCGCCAGACAUUACUCAAGGAGAAUAUACUGGCGCUCUACAAGGGCGGUCUAGCACCUGCCAUUAGCUGGGGUUGUUCUGAUGCACUCUUAAUGGGCAGUCUGCAUAACUAUAGAAUACUGAUCCUCGAGAACAAAUUAAAGUUCUUUACUGAGCCUAUGCCAGGAUCUUCUGACAAGACCAGGCUCAGUUUGGCUGGUCAAGCAUUAGCGGGAAUGGGUGCAGGAUGGACAAAUGGUGUAGUCGCUCAUCCAGCUGAACUUGUUAAGGUCCGCCUUCAAAACCAAAUGGAGCGGAACAAGUCGGAAAGGAAGUAUUCAGGACCAUGGCCUAUAGCAAAAGAGGUAUACCAGCAACAUGGAAUAAGAGGCUUGUAUAGAGGAUAUGCCGCUACUCUUCUCUUCCGCUCAAAUAUGGCCGUACUCUUUUCAAGCUUCGAGCUCUGCAUGAGAGGUUUCAAAAAGUAUGAAGUGAACGUAAGUGUGGGGACGGCGUCCUUCAUUUCUGGGGGAAUUGGUGCAACUUUCUUUUGGAUUUGUGCUUUGCCAUUUGACAACGUAAAGAACCGGCUGCUGUUUGAUGAUUUGAACAAACCACAGCUCAAGGGCGUUAUAGAUACAGCAACAAAGAUAUAUAAGACAGGCGGACUUAGAAACUUUUUCAAGGGGUUCACCACAGUAUUUGUGAGAGCAUUUCCUACGAACGCUGCUGCCCUGGGUACAUGGACCUAUAUUAUGCAUGCGUUUGCUAGUUAAUCUAGGUUGCUUAGUCACUUGGGAUAAUAUAUGUCUCAUCUCUUAUAGCAAGAAA